CAGGUUGCCAUGGUGACCCCUUCGCAGCAUAGCAACAGCAUCAGCACCGGGCAGAGCUCCGGGUCGGACCCCGGGCUGAACCUGGCCGGUCACACCAUGGUGGCCGUGUUCCUCGGGGUCAUCCUGGUGCUGGGCUUCCUCUGCAACUUCCUGGCGCUGCUGGUGUUCUCCCGCUUCCACUGGCUGCGGACUCCGGUCAACCUGCUGCUCAUCAACAUCAGCGCCAGCGACAUGCUCGUCUGCAUCUUCGGGACGCCGCUCAGCUUUGCAGCCAGUGUGCGUGGCAGGUGGCUGACCGGCUCCUACGGCUGCCGGUGGUACGGUUUCUCCAAUGCACUUUUCGGUAUCGUAUCCCUGGUGUCUCUCUCUCUGCUGUCCUUUGAGCGAUACUCAGCGUUGCUCCACAGCGCCCAGUCAGACUCCUCUCAGCAGCGCAGGGCCAGGGUUGCCGUGGCAGCCUCCUGGUUCUACUCGUUGGUGUGGACCCUGCCGCCGCUGCUGGGCUGGAGCAGCUACGGGCCCGAGGGUCACGGCACCACCUGCUCGGUCCAGUGGCAUCAGCGCUCGGCCACAUCCCGCUCCUACGUCAGCUGCCUGUUCGUCUUCUGCCUGCUCCUGCCUCUGAUGCUCAUGUUGUUCUGCUACGGGAGAAUCUUACUGGCCGUACGAGAGCUGGCGAGGCAGGUCACCGACAUUAACCGGUCGUCAGCUGAGCAGAGGGAGGGCCGUAUCCUUCUGAUGGUGGUCUCCAUGGUGACGGGCUACCUCUUGUGCUGGAUGCCAUAUGGUGUUGUGGCGAUGCUCUCCUCCUUUGGACGGCCGGGCAUGUUGCCGCCCACUGCCAGUUUAAUCCCCGCCCUCCUUGCAAAGGCCAGCACCGUCCUCAACCCUUUUAUUUACGUGCUGCUCAACAAGCAGUUCUCCAGAUGUUUCCUGAACAUGAUCAGGUGCAGCUCAGAAGCCCCGCCCACCCCGGGCCACCUCACUCUGCCCAGCAGCGAGGCGGCGUGGCCUCAACCUCGCAACCUGUCAACAGAGGAGCUACAUUCACCAAAACACAUACCUGCAGCAUCCACGUCACCCAGUGUCCUGCCAUAG